CUCCUCUCAUACUUCUUAAACUAGUAUAAAAAAUAACGCCCACCCUCCUUCAUUUUGCUUCAUCUCUCAUUCUCUUAACAAUUCAACACCAUAACACCAUUCAAAACUUAACAACAAUGGCUUCCAUCAAUCUCUCUUCAGCUCUCUCUCCUCCUCUAGCAUGCAAAAACUUUAAACUUUUCAAUGCAACGCCCUUGAUACAGCUAACGGGUAAAUCAUCCGUUAGUUUCAAGGGUGUUGGCAAGAAUAGAGCUAUGCUGGUGUCAGGAGAAGGUGACCUCUUGUCAUAUCCCAAUGGUCAUAACCUUGCAACGAAAAGUGCUCUUGUUGAUGAACAAUCAGUUGGGAUUGAGGUACCGCCUGAUGCGAUAGCAUUGGAAGCCCUUGCAGCAGAUACUGCUCCCACAACUAUUGGGUUUCCCAUUGAUAGUGAUGAAUUUGAUUUGGAUUCCCCCACAGAAGGUUUUUCUUCUAUACCUGAGGCCAUUGAAGACAUUCGCCAAGGAAAGCUUGUUGUUGUUGUGGACGAUGAAGAUAGAGAAAAUGAAGGAGAUCUAAUAAUGGCAGCUCAAUUGGCAACACCUGAAGCUAUGGCAUUCAUUGUAAAACAUGGAACUGGAAUAGUUUGUGUCAGCAUGAAAGGGGAAGAUUUGGAGAGGUUGGACCUUCCUCUGAUGGUAUCACAAAAGGAAAAUGAGGAGAAACUUUGUACUGCGUUCACUGUCACUGUGGAUGCCAAACAUGGAACAACCACAGGGGUGUCAGCUCGUGAUAGGGCAACAACUGUAUUAGCUCUUGCUUCUGGGGAUUCAAAACCUGAGGAUUUUAACCGCCCAGGCCAUAUUUUCCCUCUGAAAUACAGGGAGGGUGGUGUUUUAAAAAGAGCUGGACAUACAGAAGCUUCUGUUGAUCUUGCCAUGCUAGCUGGGUUGGACCCUGUAGCAGUUCUGUGUGAGGUUGUGGAUGAUGAUGGUUCCAUGGCUAGAUUACCGAAGCUUCUUGAAUUUGCAAGGCGGGAAAACUUGAAAAUUAUAUCCAUUGCUGAUUUAAUAAGAUAUAGGAGGAAGAGAGACAAAUUAGUUGAUCGUUCUUCAGCUGCAAGGAUACCUACAAUGUGGGGGCCGUUUACAGCUUACUGUUAUAGAUCAAUCUUAGAUGGGAUUGAGCAUAUUGCAAUGGUUAAGGGUGAUAUUGGGGAUGGUCAAGAUAUUCUUGUAAGGGUACAUUCUGAAUGCCUCACUGGAGAUAUAUUUGGGUCAGCCAGAUGCGAUUGUGGUAAUCAACUUGCACUUGCAAUGAAGCAGAUUGAGGCUGCUGGUCGGGGUGUAUUAGUUUACCUCCGUGGGCAUGAGGGAAGGGGCAUUGGUUUAGGUCAUAAGCUUCGUGCUUAUAACUUACAGGAUGAUGGGCGUGAUACAGUGGAAGCAAAUGAGGAACUGGGGUUGCCUGUUGAUUCACGGGAAUAUGGCAUUGGUGCACAGAUACUAAGGGAUCUGGGUGUUCGAACAAUGAAGUUGAUGACGAACAACCCUGCUAAGUACAUUGGACUCAAGGGCUAUGGGUUGGCUGUUGUGGGAAGAGUUCCCCUGAUAACUCCCAUCACAUCAGAGAAUAAGAGAUAUUUGGAGACUAAACGUGCUAAAAUGGGCCACGUUUAUGGGUUAGAAUUAAAUGGCCGCUUAAACAGUCUCAUUAGCAGUGGCGGUAAUGGAAAACCAAGCGUUGCUUCAUCAACUGACGCUAAGUCCGACUCAUAGACCAAUCUGCUUGUUUGACUGUGAAUGAGGAUGAACUCCGACAUGAAGAAAAGGCAGAAUAGUGUUAUCACCUAAACGGUUAAAGAUACAAGGUUUAAUUUCUCUCUGUUAUACUUAGUCCAGAUUCAAUAUUUUGUAUUUGACGUGCAGAAGCAAAAUUUGUGCUAAUACUGUAAUAGUGUUGUUGAGGAAGAGCGAUUCAUUCAUUUUCUCCAUUAUUGUUAUUGUAAGCCGGAUAUAAGAAAUCAAAUUUAUUGAAUUUGAGUUAUCCUUGACGGGGGCAUACUUACAAUUAUUCUAUUUCUCUUUAAAUCUUCAUAAUUCUGAUAGGUGAUUUAAACUUGAAGAAGAAGUUGUGUACAUGAUAUGAUUUGAUU